UUCAUUUUCUACAUACUAAAUUGUAAUAUUUUUCUUUGGGCAAACUCAGUCAAAAAUAAUAUUUCAAGAUGCUGGCACCCAACGCGCCCACAACGCCGGCGGAGCUAAUCAAAUCGUUAGAGCUCUCCGGGCGCGACGAGCUGGAUAUGCAAAUCAAAAACUGGAUAAUGUGGGAUCGCAACGAUGCGACGCUGCAGCAGGUGGUGUCGGCCGUGAAGGAAAAGGACUGGGAUGCGCUGGAGCAGCGUCUGUGCCAUCGCAAUGCCUUUGGCACCGCGGGCCUGCGAGCUGGCAUGCGUGCUGGCUUCGAUUCCAUCAACGACUUGACCAUCAUACAAACAGCUCAGGGAUUGUCCAGCUUUCUAACGGAGCAGUAUCCCAACGUGGUGAGGCGUGAGACGCAGGGCGUCGUCAUAGGCUACGAUGGACGCUACAACAGCAAGCGCUUGGCCCAGCUGACAGCCACCGUUAUGUUGAACGGGCGCUGCAAGGUUUAUCUCUUCAAUCGCAUAACCACUACGCCGCUGGUGGCCUUUGGCGUGGUGCACCUGAAGUGUCUGGCGGGAGUAAUGGUGACUGGCUCGCAUAAUGCCAAACAUGACAAUGGCUUCAAGGUUUACUGGACCAAUGGCGCGCCCAUUGUUGCACCGCUGGAUAAACAAAUUCAGGCAGCCGUGCUCAAUUGCCUGGAGCCCGUGCCCUCCAACUGGGAUCUUUCCAUUUUGGAUGAGCACGCACUGCUGGAGGAUCCCUAUCGCGAAGUAUACCCCGCCUACUACGAGGCCAUGAGCAAUCUGCUGCCCUACAAUUACAUAGAGACCAACGAGUGCAGCCAGCUGCGUUUUGUCUAUACGGCUCUGCAUGGAGCGGGAUAUCCGUAUAUACGGGAAGCCUUCUAUCAGGCAAGACUCAAGCCUGUGAUACCCGUGCCGGAGCAGAAGGACUCAGAUCCAGAGUUUCCUACCAUCAGCUUUCCAGACCCCAUAGAAGGAAAAGAUUCUUUAAAUUUGGCCAUACGAAAAGCGGAGGAAGAGCACUGCACCAUUAUCCUGGCCAAUGAUCCGGAUGGCGAUCGUUUAGCUGUAGCCGAACUGGAUCCCAAGGGACGCUGGAAAAUCUUCAAUGGAAAUGAGCUGGGCGCUCUGCUGGGCUGGUGGGCGCUGGAAAGCUACAAGACGCGCACACCCAAGCCAAAUGUGUCCAAUUGCGUCAUGAUUGGCAGCUUGGUGAGCUCUAAGAUACUCGCCGCCAUGGCACGAGCGGAGGGAUUCACCUUUGUGGAAACAUUGGUCGGCUUCAAGUGGAUGAGCAGCAAAGCCCUAGAGCUGCAGGCUCUGGGCAAGACUGUGCUGUUGGCCUUUGAGCAGCCCAUAGGCUACAUGUUCACCACCAUGGUGGCGGAUAAGGAUGGUAUCAAUGCCGCCUGCCAGGUGGCCACAAUGGCCUGUUACCUACGCAGCACGCGAAACGUCACUUUGAUUGAGAAACUCCGAGAGAUAUAUGACACCUAUGGCUAUCACUGCACCAUGAUGCAGUCGAUGACCUACAAGAGUCCCUGGCAGGUGGACAAGAUGUUCACUCGCCUGCGCAGCUUUGACGACGAGCAGCCCGGCACCUAUCCCAAGUGCAUACUCAACGGCGAGUUUGAUGUGCGCAGCGUGCGCGACUUGACCACAGGACUGGACACCUCCUUCCCGGACAACAAGGCGCGCAUGCCAGUGAGCCCCAACAAGCAUAUGAUUACCUUUACAUUUACCAAUGGCAUGACCUUCACGGUCCGCGACAGCGGCACUGAGCCCAAGAUUAAGAUUUACUCGGAGAUCUUUGGGCUGCCCGAGGAGAAAGAAUGGGACGAGCUGCAUGACACCCUCAAGAGAAUGACGGAGGCCGCCAUCUCCGAGUUCAUACAGCCUGACGAAAUGGGUCUAACAUAACAUACCAUUUACCUGAGAUAAUAAAUUAAUCAAAAUAAAUUUUGUGC